UCACUGGGUUCUAACAGUUGAUCAACCAAGCAACUAGCACGUUAACUAACAAGCAAGUAUGACAGACAAACCGGGCUUGCCAACGGGUGGCGGUGGAGAUGACGCAGGAAACAUUAUGGCAUUGCUGGAGCGCGUGGCGGGCCUCAUGGACAGCGUCCAGACCACACAGCAGCGCAUGGAGGAGCGUCAGCUGGAGCUGGAGAACACAGUGAAAACCAUCCAGUCCGACGUCGUCAAGCUGACCACUGACCACACCGCCACCAGUUCUACGGUUGACCGGCUGCUGGAGAAGACGCGUAAGGUCAGCCGCCACAUCAAGGACGUCAGGGUGCGAGUGGAGAACCAGAACGUCCGGGUGAAGAAGGUGGAGGCCACCCAGGGAGACCUUCUGGCCAAGAACAAGUUCAGGGUGGUCAUUUAUCAGGGCGACCAAGAGGUGAAGGCCAUCACACCAGGCAAUGAGCCAGCGGAACACAGCGCCGGCGCCAGAGCCGAGGUGGAACCGGACAAGUUCGAGCUCCCUCCAGAGUCAGAUGAGGAGUACAUGGUGGUGGAGGAGGCCACCUCCUCGGCAGCCGGCCGCAUGAAGAAGUCGGGCCUGACGCGCAUCGAGAGCUUCAAAGCCACUUUCUCCAAAGAGAACAUGAGCAAGACCCGCGAGAACUUCGGCACCAAGGUCAACAAGUUCGGUGAGCGCAUCGUGACGGCUGAGAGGCGCCAGAAGAUCCGCCAGUCUGGCGAGAGGCUGAAGCACUCAGGGGAGAGGCUGAGGGAGACCAUCUCCAAGAGCGUCCCAGCCAAGCUCAACCUGAAGAAGGAGAGGACUGUGGCGGAGGGCCAGGAGGGAGCAGAAGGAGGCUCGGAGGGAGCCGCGCCCGUCCCGCCUCCCAAGGGCCGUAAGGGCAGCCGGGAUGCAGCCAAGGCGGCUGCUGAUGAGAGCAAGGCGGAGGAGUCAGAGGUCCCGAUGUACGACAUGAAGCAGCUAUCGUAGAGCGUGACAGUGAUGAUCUGUACCGUUUUCUAUGGACUACUGAGACCACACACAGCGAGUCAAAGAGAAGUUUUAGGGUCGCUGCUGCCCAGCGGAACUGCAAAAGAUGAAGGUUAACAUUUGUUUGAACGUUGUUGAAGGAAGCGAGCGGAGAACAGGCCGGUUACAGACCCGACAUCAAGACAACAACCAAAGAUUCCUCCGAUCAUUGAGGUCAUUUCAUACGCAGAGUUCCUCCUGGACAUUUAGCACCAAAUCAGCCAAUAAAUGAAGUCUUUUUUUUGUUUUGUGUUCAAUAAACACUGACUUUGGGAAAUAAAUGAACAGAGUUCAGAACUUCUACACAGAACUUU